CCGCAUGCAGAGCGCCCGUGACUCGCACAGUGUCGGCGAGAGCAUCCAUUUAAAGCUAAUAAUGCAUCACCCAGUGCAAGUGCAACAGCUUGAAAAACAUUCUGCAAAGCCAAAGGGAUCUCUCUUUCGUAGCGCUAGAGGCUAGAGCGGAAGCAUGCCGGUCACGCAGGCGCCGGGGCGGAGCACGGCCGGGCCAGUGAACGUGGCGCGGCGCGAGCUGAGCAGCCGCGCGUGGUCGCCGUCGUCGUCGUCGCCCGCCAGCCCGCAGCCGCGCUACGGGAGCAUCGUCACCGUGCUCAGCAUCGACGGCGGCGGCGUCCGUGGGAUCAUCCCCGGCACCAUCCUCGCUUUCCUCGAGGAGAAGCUCCAGGAGCUUGACGGGCCGGACGUGAGGAUCGCGGACUACUUCGACGUGGUCGCCGGGACGAGCACCGGAGGCCUGGUGGCCGCCAUGCUCACCGCGCCCAACGCCGAGGGCCGCCCGCUCUUCGCCGCCAAGGACGUCAACAAGUUCUACCUCGAGCACUGCCCGAAUAUCUUCCCUGCCGUCUGCAAAGGACCUCUGGGCUGGCUCAAGAGCAUGAUGGGGCCCAAGUACAGCGGCCAGCACCUGCACUCGGUCGUCAAGAAGCUGCUCGGCGACACGACAGUCCAUCAGACGCUCAAGAACAUCAUCAUCCCCACAUUCGACAUCAAGCUCCUCCAGCCUACCAUCUUCUCAACCUAUGAUGCCACGAGGGAUGUCUCCAAGAACGCUCUUCUGUCGGAUGUCUGCAUUAGCACGUCGGCAGCACCGACCUACCUCCCCGGCCACCAUUUCGAGACGAAGGACAAAGACGGCAAGACCCGGGCCUUCAACCUAAUCGACGGAGGCGUCGUUGCUAACAAUCCGACGCUGUUGGCGAUGACCCACGUUAGCAAGCAGAUCCUGAUGGGCAACGAGGACUUUGUGCCCAUCAAGUCUGCUGAUUACGGCAAGUUCAUGAUCCUUUCGCUGGGCACCGGCUCUGCCAAGAUCGAAGAGAAGUUUGAUGCAGCUGAAUGCAGCAAGUGGGGCCUCCUGGGGUGGCUCUACAAGAGGGGUUCCACUCCGAUCAUCGAUAGCUUCAGCGAGGCCAGUGCCGACCUCGUCGACAUCCAAGCAUCUGUGCUCUUUCAGGCCCUGCAGUGCAACAAUUGCUAUCUCCGGAUCCAGCACGACGAGCUCACCGGCGAAAUGGCCUCCGUCGACGUGUCCACAUCGAAGAACCUUAACGGGCUCAUUGAUGUCGGCAAAGCAUUGCUGAAGAGACAAGUAUGCAAGGUGAACGUCGAGACGGGCAAGAACGAGCCCGAUCUAAAGAGGGGCACAAACGAGGAGGAACUGGACCGUUUUGCCCGCAUGCUGUCGAAAGAGCGCAAAGCUCGGCAGGUGGCCUACGAACGUAGAUAGUAUGAAUAUUUACCCUCGUAUGUAUUUGAUGAUCUAUGCAUGUUGGAUAUUUAUGUGGCUUUCAUCAUGUGUGGAGAUGGUUAUUGUCUAAUGUGGGAUUAUUCUUAUUUCUUUUUAAGAUUCUUAUAACUAUCAAAUGUUCGGAUUUUACCAAUAGAUCCGAACGAAUCCUUACUUCA